GGAGUUGUGGUUGUGGAGCUGUGGAGCCCAUUUAAGAACUAUAAAAUCUAUAAAUUUGAUAAAUCAUAUCAGUGAGGUAGCAUAGGUUAGAUUAUUGGGGAUGGAGCCCCCUGCUGUGGAGGAGACCGUCUCACAAAAAGACAAUGGAGUUGAAGAUGAGGAGGAUGCUCAGGAGGAUGAUAUUGAUGAGGAAGAUGUACCUGGGGAUUUUUUCGACGAUUUCCUGAAAGAGGAUUUCAUGGCUGGGCUAGACAUUGUAGAUGAAGAUGAAGGAGAAGAAGACAAAUCUAAAAAAAAUGCAACUGCAGGACAAAAUGUGGAUCCCAAAAAGGUGAAAAAAAAGAAAAGUCCCCCAAAGGAAAAACGGAUCAAGCUCAAGAAAGGUAAAAAGAAGUUAGAUGAAAAGCAGGAUAAAAAGGUUCAUAAGAAGUCAAAAGAACGUUCCAUAAACGUUGAUGAAUUUGACAUUCGGAGAGACCCUAAAAAAACUAAAAGAGACAUUGAACGUGACAAGGCAAGAUGUGAGAAAGACAAAGAAAAAAAAAUCAUAACAGAGAAGCUAAAACUAGUUGAGACAGGUUUGGUGCCACCAGGAAUGGAAAUGGAAACAGAUCCGGAAGAGAUCAAGAAAAAAGAAAAAGCCAGCCGUAAAGAUAGCAGCUCUCGUCAAAAAAGCUUCAGUAUCAGUUUGAGCCCCCCCAAACGCAGUAGGAGCAAGAACAAGGUCAACCCCAGUCCCAGGCAAAGAUUGCCUAGGAGCCCCAUCAGAAGAAGCCCAGUCAUCAGGAGGCCUUCCCCAAGAAGGAGUCCUAGAAGAUCACCACCCAGACGCAGCCCUAGGAGAAGUCCCCCUCGGCGAUCUCGGAGCCCUGUUAGAGCUGCAGUGCGUCGUAGUGUGAGCCCCUAUUACAGAGGAAGACGUCCAAGGCAUUCACCUGUUUACUCUAGGCACAGUCCGAACCGUGAUUUCUUCCCUAGACGUAGGAGGAGUAGGUCAGGAUCAAGGUCACCCAAAAGGAGAAGGGAUGAGAAGAAAUCGUUCUUGCAAGAAAUAGCAGAGAAACUGAAUGAGACAAGGCAUCCGGCAAACAUGAUCCAGCAUUUACAGCCGCUACCAACAGAAAUUUACCACCAACCCAUGCCAGUACUGAGAGCACCUGCUCCUGUUCCUGCUCCCGCUCCUGUGCCCCCACCUAUUGUACCCCAACAGUACACACUACCCCAACCCCAACAGCCCCCAAUGCAACAACAGUAUGAUCCUUAUGAUCAGAACUUUUUCAUUGGGGCAUCUCAGCAGGGACAUAUGCAAUCUCAACCUGUGCAGAAUGUGGGGUUACAACAACCUCACCCUGUACAAAAUUUGGGGCAACAACAGCCCCGCCCCAUCCAAAAUGUGGGGCAACAGCCCCGUCCUAUGCAAAAUGUGGGUCCUAGGCCGCCCCACCCUGUACAGCAGCCGCCAUUGCCGUCUCCUACUUUGCAGAAGCCAAGUGUAGGUUCACAGUUGAAUCCAUUCCAGCAGGGUCAUCAGCAAAAGAACAAUUUAGCUGGGCCUCCCAAGAAGAUUGAGACCAAAGAGGAUAUUACCAAGUUGUUCCAUGAUAAGAAGAUUUCUUUAACAGAGUUUUUGGCCAUCACUGCAAAGCCUGAAGUUUACGGAGCCAGUCCAGCACAUAUUCAAGAAAAAAUUAAGGUAAUAACACGAUGUCAAGAAGCGAUAAAAAUAUUGGGAAAUAGUGAAAAGAAAUUUUCCGGACCGUUGGUAAUAAGCAAAAGCGACACUGGCAAGCCGAAGACCAACGCCGAAGACAAGUUCCGCUCCCCCCUGAUACGCUUCAACCAGCUCAAGAUCCCCUUCACGGACGUCCCCAAAAAGGACCAGCAGGAAUCCGCGUUCACCAGCUACAUCAACCACCUGCUGAAGAGCAUCGGUCUCAUGAACGAAGUCGUCGUGGAAAUCGAGGACCAAGAAGACAAAGCGCAUGCUCCGCCAGAAGCCUUCCCCCCUCCCGCGCCCCACAUCUCCGCCGACAGAAAGCAGCAACAGCAAAAGCUGCUAGAAUCCCCGAAACGCAGGCCUGCGCUAAUCGGCGCGAACUCCAUGUCGAAGUUCGCGCAGACCGAGCCGGUGAAGUGCGUGGAUUGCGAGAAGCGCAGUCGCGUGACCUUCAAGUCAGUGGGUACGCAGUGCGGCGGCGAGGGGGCUUCCUUCUCCGUCGCCACGCAAGUCAAAGAGGACGAUUUUUACGUGAAGAUCCCCAAGAACCAGUCGCUGGCUGCGCUGACGCCUGCGCAGCUGCUGGCCAAGUCGGCGGCGCCGAAGUUCAAUAGGAACGUGGAGGUGGACGAUUUCGAUUUGUUGUUGCCCCCGAAGAACCCCCACACAUGGCAGUACCAGGCCGGGGUGCAGUACCAGGCUGGGGCGCAGUCGCGGUUCGAGCAGCAUCAGGCGGGGUACCAGCAAGGGGGCAGGGGAAGGGGUAUGAUGGGCAAGCCUCCGAUGGACGAUAGGGAUAGAUUCGGCUUUGGUAAUAAUUAUUAUUGAAGUGGAUAGUUUUCGAUGUAGUUUGGAUUUUUUGUUGGAUAUAUUUUUGUUGAUGGCAUUUUAUAUUCUUGAUAAUUAUUGUAAUGGAGGUUAGAUUGUAUAAUUAGUUUGGAUAUGCUGAUGAUCCAUGAGAGAUCCACAAGUGGUGGACUCUGGUUUGGUUGAAUGAAUAGGUUACAUGAUUGUAUUCAUACAAUGUAUCAUAAGGAAUACAAAUAAAGUUGUUUUAAUGG